UAUCUUUUCCAACAAUCAUCUGACAGAUAGUGAGCCACGCCACAGCUGACAAUACGCAUUCUGAAAUAUUUUACCAUAAUAAUAUAAUGAAAUCUCUUGAAAUGCAUUACGCAGUUUCUCGUAUGCAACUGUAUCAAUAAAUAACCGAAACGAAAGAACCUAAUUAUAACUUCAUUCAAUUUAUUUAACUAUUUAAUCAGUGUUUCAAAUUAAUCUAUACACUCGCUUCUUGACGCAGACUUUGGCUAAAAAUGGCGCGAUUAUUAGUUGCACUACCUGUAAUAUUAGUUGCAGUGGUUCAGUCUAAAGAGAUUCCAGAACCUAGCGAUCUUGCAUUCGUUUUAAGUGAAAAUGAAUUCGAAGAUUACCUGGAUUUUUGGCUCGAACACAAGUCAGAAGUUAAUCAACUCUCAACUGCUUUUUCAAAGACCGAAGGCGGUUGCACAUUGGGAGUGAAUGAAGACUUCGGGCAACCGCAGCCCGUGUAUCUUAACAACAACACCUAUCUGACUCCCACUGGAGCUACUGGGAAAGUAAACUUAUUUUCUGGGGAACAGGUUACCAUAGCCUGUCCAGGGCCUAACCGCUUUAUCCUACAUCCAAAUAUUACUGCAUCUGUAGCCACAGCCACAGCUGUUUGUGUAAACAGUGAUCUGGUGUCUGGAGCCGGCUGGUUGAAUGGUAGCGGGGCGUUCAGUGGACUGACUUGCUCAUCACAUCCAACUCACGAGGCUAGAGCCACUAACGAGACUUGUUAUAACAACAAUCUUGUUAUCAGGGUUGGAUUCACAGUAGAAGAUAUAUUCUAUCCCCUAUACUGGUCUUGCUUCGAUGAACGUCGCCUCGAAGUUCUCUACGUGUGGUACGAACAAAACCCUCAUAACGCUGUCCACCAAACUGGUAUUAACAGACCUAAUUUUGCAGCUGGGACCUUCUACCCUGGAGUACCUGUAAAUGACAUGUACAAAAAAGAUCAGCAAAAAGCUACACUUACCAACCUCGUUGGUAGCGACCUAGCGGACAAAUACCUAACAACCCGGCAAUACUUAGCUCGUGGUCAUCUUGCUGCUAAAACUGAUUUUAUUUAUGCCAGCGGCCAAAGAGCCAGCUUCUACUUCAUUAACGCUGCUCCUCAAUGGCAACCGUUUAAUGCUGGUAACUGGAAUUUAUUAGAACAAAAAUUACGUGCUCGCAUCGGUAAUGCUGGCUAUAACACCGUGGUUUACACUGGAACAUUCGGCGUCACUCAACUCCGUGAUGAAAAUGACCGGUUUGUGGAUAUCUAUCUGUAUACCGACGAAAAUAACAACCCUCAAAUUCCUGUGCCUCUCUACUUUUAUAAGGUUGUCUACGAUGCUGAUCGUCGUCUCGGCACGGCAUUCGUGAGCAUCAACAACCCUUACUACACGGAGUCCGAAGUGCGUGCUCUGACCUUCUGCACGGACCGUUGCCGCAACAACAGCGCGUUCAGCUGGCUCAAUUGGAAGCCUGACCACAUUGACAUCGGUUACAGCUUCUGCUGCACUAUCGAUGACUUCAGGAGGACAGUUCCCCACUUACCACCCUUCACUGUUACUGACCUUCUUAGUUAAACAUGCCUAUAUUAUACUUGUCUUGUGUAUUUAGACUAAA